AUGGUGCGUAUCUCGUUUCUUUAUACCAUUAAAGUGAAAAGAAACAAACAAAAGCAGAGCUAAAGUAGUCGUUUUUACGAAAUCCAAUUUCAAAUUUGCAGAGAAACAGAGCAAAGCAAAAGAAAGGGAUCUGACUUCAAAAUUCUCAACUUGUCUCUAUCUCUGCCUCUGCUGCCUCUGAGUAUCAGCAGAAUCCCACUAUCUUUGAUUCCUUUUCUCUUUAUCAACAAUAAAAAUUCACAUUCCUUUCCUGUUCUGUUUUGUCUUCAAAGACUAUACGGUCUAAUUAUGGGCUUUGUUGAUAGUAUUCUCUUUCAUUUGUCAACAUUACGAUUUUCUUUGCGUAGAAUUCAAUUCCCCUUUUUUAUUUUUUUGAAUAAUUAGUCAUUUCAAAUUAUUCAUCAUUACCUCGUAUUCAUUACCUUUUUGAUUACUUACGAAGCUUUGUUUCCCGCCUAUUAAUCUUUUUUUUUUCUUUUUCUUUUGUAAUGCGCAAGUCAUGGAAUUUUCAUUCUCUGCUUUGAAAGGCCCUUCCUUUGUUGGUUUUAGCUUUUGUUCAUUGGUUAAUUGCAAAUUAAGGAGGUGAUUAUUAUGGGUGGUAAAGUCGAAGUUGUUAAUAGUAAGGGGUGUUCAAGGCUUUUUGUGGGUUUCUCUGCUUCAAUCCCUUCUUUUAGAGGUUUGCAAUCUUUCGAGCCAAUGUCUCCUGCCACAUCCUCUGUUGGGUCUGAACCGGUGGUGGUUCGAUCAUCCGGUCCGUUUGCCGGUCUUGUUAUAUGUGUCACUGGUCUAUCUAAAGAAGCAAGGAAACAAGUCAUGGAAGCAACAGAGAGAUUAGGCGGUCACUACAGCCCCAAUUUGCAUCCUCAGUGUACACAUUUGGUGGUCCAGAGCUUUGGUGGACGGAAGUUUGAGCAUGCUUUGAAGCAUGGAUCGAAAAAUGGACUCUUCGUUGUAACACUUGGAUGGUUUGUGGACAGCGUCAGGAGGAAUGUGAGAUUGAGUGAAUCACUUUACAGUCUCAAGACUGUUGGGGAAAAUGAUGUGCGCUUGGAUGACUUAAAUCGACUUGUUGGUUUUGGUGGUGCUGAAAAUUCUUGUCUUCCUGUCAGUAUUAAUGAUGCCAAGAAAUAUGACGUGACUGAAGCACUGCAUAAACAAUCAUCUGGAAGAAGUUCUACUAAAAGUAUUGAACCUGUUCUGUCUGGUAAUUCCAUGUAUAUUGAUUCAGACAUUUCUGAUGAAAUGCGGAAUAAGGUUUAUGAGGCAGCUACUAGAGAAGGUGCCACAUUUUUAGAUCGAUGGUUUGUUGGCUGUGGUGCAAGUUAUAUAGUUUGUGAAGGGGCUUCUGUCCAAAGAUAUCUUGGGCACUCUAACAACCUUGUGACUCCACUUUGGGUUCUGAAAACAGCAAAGGAGAAACAUGUCCAGAGGCUUGUUCGGAUGUCUACUGAUUUGACCAGGCAGGUUGGGAUUAUGCUUGAAAAUUAUCAAAAUGGCAUUGCAGGGCAGGAAAUAAACAAGGAAAAUGGCCCUCAAGAUGCUAAGGGUUUGAGAAGUAACGCAAGCUACGAAGAAAGACAACAUAUUGUGAAUUUUGCUAAAAAUGGGGUUAGAAGUCGCCGUGGUCGUCGAAUGCAGACCUGUCAAACCCCAAUACGUCCGAUAACACCAAGCAGCCUUCUGGAUUCAAUCUGCUGGUCAAUAUCUGAGCCAACUUCAACUGCUUCCAUUUAUACAGACUCUUUUAGCAGUGAAGAUGUUAGUGAACAUCAUACAUCUGUGUUCUUUGAUGCAAAGGGGGACAUCAAGGAUUCAGAAGCUUCCUUUGCAAAUCUAACACGACCACUUACAGAAAGCGAGAAAACUGAGUUAGUAUUUAAGAAUCACUUUCUGACCAUACUGUUUCCCAUUGACCGCUUCUCCGAAAUGGGGCCUUCUUCAAGAACAUUUUUCAGUGAAAAUGGCUUCACAUGUUUGAAGGUGUUAGAUCAUAUAUACGCAUUUUAUCAGGAAAAUAUGUCAGCCUCAGAAAUAGAAGUUGCCAUUCACACUGAUUCAAGACAUGCUGACCGGCUCCGAUCAGUGUAUUCCAGUAAAGAAACGUCCGAGCUUGGUUAUUUGAUUUUCAAACGGAUCGAUUUUUUAGGGAGCCGAAAGAGUUUUGAGAUGUUGAAGCGUGUCACUGGAGAUAACAACAGUAAUGUAUAUGAACUGUUGAUUAGAGCAUAAAUGUCCUCGUAUAAAGGAUUCCAUGUCACUUGAAGACAGCUAUACCUUUUCAAUUUGAUUUAUCAACAAUUUUCCAAACAAGGAAAUGCAGUUUUCUAAUUUGCAUGACAGAAAUGAUAUUUUUUCCUUGAAUUUCAGUAAUACUUCUGUUCAAGUUUGUACAACGCAAGUAAAAAGUGGAAAUACCAACAGAUUUUGUUAAA